AUGCCGGUUAAGACAGCGGCCAUGCUGCCUCCGCCUCCGUCUGAGGAAGGGCUGGCGACGCCGUCCGCGUCUCCCUCACAGGCGCAGUUCACGGGAAUGCCUGAGUCCACCACCGCUGCAUCUUCAUCGAGGACGACAGCAGCCAUCUCACAAGGGGAGGGCUCGGCUAACGACUCGGGAACACCCGUAAUUACCACGGCGCCACGCGCCACGCGCCUCUUGAAGGAUGUCGAGGCCGAGGAGAACCGCUACCUCUAUGAAACUCUCUACAAGUCGCUCGAUGACACCGCUGACACGGCCAUCCGCGAGGAGCUCACUGUCGGCGACACUGUACGUUUCGCCCGCGACGCCAAACGAGAGUUCAUCACGGCUGCAACGAUGCCGCUGAGCGAAAAGGCGAAGAACUGCUCCGCGCUCGUGCGCAGUUUUUCCCAAAAGCAGAACCAGCAGGUGGUCUGCGUGUUCAUUGUGUUCAGCGUGCUCAUGAUGACAAUUCCUUUGAUAGUCCUUCUUAUCGGCACGCGACUAAUUGCCCCGCGGCUCGAUAUGGACCCGACGCUGUGUGGAGGUGGUUUGGCUGUGUUCGCAGCGAUAUCGCUUAUGGGCUCCUACGUGGUGUACGCCAUGGUGGAGGAAGCGGAGUUCGGCAAGCAGAAUGCAAGCGAGGCCGAGAGUAAGAAGGAACGCUGA